AUGCACUCCUUUUUAGGUCUUUCCUUUGAUGCCUUUGAUGGAUCCCCCGACAAAGUCCUCGUUACGUUUAGCAAUGGCGACGUGUGCCUCCUCGUUGAUGGAAAGGGCACCCAAUUAUGGAAGGCCCAUGAGUACCACGUGUGGACGUGCACAUUUAACGGAAGUGAAAACGUAGUGACAACAGGGUCUGACGAUUGCUCCUUCGCAAUUUGGGACCUCAGAACAACCACAGCACCGUCAGCAAGGAAUAUAAAGUCCCACUCGCAAGGCGUCACGGCGGUCAAAUUCGACAGCUUCCGUCAGCAGCUGUACACGGCAUCGUACGACAACAAGAUUCGCAUCUUCGACGCGCGAAAUGUUCAAGACCCCCUCCGAAUAGUCGACGUGAAGUCCAGCAUAUGGCGGCUUAAGUUUUUGUACAAAGGCACGGACGUGAACGAACUACUAGUUGCAGCCUGCGACGGCGGGGCUAAGUUAUUCAAGAAGAUCAACGACGAAUUCAUUUUUGAUAAGGGAAUCCGCAAUGGUAACGAACUGACCUACGGAAUUGAUGUCAUUGACCUUGCCGAUGUGGGAAAGGAAAAAAAAAAAAUAUACCUGUCUUGCUCUUUUUACAAUAAGGAAGUCCAAAUGUGGGUUUAG